GGCGUCUCUCUCGCAGGCGCGCUCUCUCAGCGGAACAUAACGAUCACUCUCCUCCUAGCAGCAAACAGAUUUAAACGGCUCUUGCAAGCUCCAAUUGAUUAUACCAAAGCUUGUGAGAGUUUGGAAAAUGUACAUCAUUGCCACAUUCUGUCUGUUGGGUCUAGCCACAGCCCAAACAGUUACAGACAUCACUUCCUGCAUCACGAAAGAAAAUAACCUGAGGAUGGAGUGCAACUUCAACCCAAUAGAGACACCAUCACCCACAUGCAAGUUCACACAAGGGGACAAGAUUGUGGCCUCCACUUAUGAGAAGCAAGAUCCCACGUACAAAAACCGUGCUAAUAUCACCAUGAUGGACAAGGUCUGUGAGAUGUCUCUUACAGGACUGCCUGACAACCCCCAGGAGUUCAAAUGUACCAUCAAACAAACAGUGGAAUCCUCUAAAGUAGCUACUGUCGACAAGAAGACCACAGCAAAAUGCUCUGGGAUAAGUGUCCUGCUGCAAGAAGGCACAGGGCUGUUUCUUGUUCUUAUGACACUGCCCUUGUUGUUGUCUGAACUCAUUUGAGUAUUUCAAGUAUUAUGUAAAAUGAGCCUUACAUAUUUUGCCAUCUGUUUGCAUGCAGUAAAUUAUAUUGAUGCCACAUAGGCUGCUUCAGGUCUUCACAGUGUCAUUUUAAAUCAUUAUGGCAAUGCUUUCAUAGACUAGUUAUUUGGAUAUCACCAUAUAGCUUCACACAUCCGUUAAAAAAAAACAUGGAUGCAGGAAUCAUACCAUUUUAAUACCUGUGGUGAUUAUGGAGAAUGAUGUAAAUGUAUGGUGAGGUAUUUAAACCAAUCAAAAUAAAACUGCUAAAUCUUAA